GACUUCUACCAGCCAGCCACCCCCCACAGCCCACACCACCAGCGCCGGGACCGGGGAGGCAGAGAGAAAAGCAACCAGACGAGACGUCUCGCGUCCCGUCCUCGCUGCGGUUCCCCCCAUCCUUCCUUCCGCUGCUGCGCUCCGUCGUCCGCGUCCAGAUUCGGCCACCGACCGAUCCGGGCUCCGGCAUGGCUGCGGCGGCGAGGGCGGCGGGAGCCCUGGCGCUGGCGCUCGUGCUCGCCCUGGCGGGGGCCAACUCCGAGGGGGACGCGCUCUCGGCGCUGCGCCGCAGCCUCAGGGACCCCGGCGGCGUGCUCCAGAGCUGGGACCCCACGCUCGUCAACCCCUGCACCUGGUUCCACGUCACCUGCGACCGCGACAACCGCGUCACGCGCCUAGAUCUUGGUAAUUUGAACUUAUCUGGUCAUCUGGUGCCUGAGCUUGGGAAAUUGGAGCAUCUGCAGUAUCUGGAACUUUACAAGAAUAACAUUCAAGGAACUAUCCCAUCUGAGCUUGGUAGCUUGAAGAGUCUAAUAAGCUUGGACUUGUACAAGAACAACAUUUCGGGGACAAUACCUCCUGCCCUUGGAAAGUUGAAGUCCCUUGUAUUCUUGCGGCUCAAUGGCAAUCAUUUGACUGGGCCAAUCCCAAGGGAAUUGGCUGGAAUAUCUAGUCUCAAAGUUGUUGAUGUUUCAAGUAAUGAUUUGUGCGGAACAAUUCCCACCUCUGGACCAUUUGAGCACAUUCCUUUGAGCAACUUUGAGAAGAACCCACGCUUGGAAGGGCCAGAACUACAAGGCCUGGCGGUAUAUGACACCAACUGCUAGAGGGCAACGUGAACAGAAAAAUGGCUAGAGAGAGUAAUGGGCGUACAAGGUUACUGAAGAUCGGGUGAUAUAGAUUAUGUUAGGUCUGGUUCUGCUGCCACUCUGUAAUCCUUCCUGCAUAGCUCUUAUUUGCAACUUGAUGUCGGCAAGUUGCUGUAUGUUUUAGCAGAAUGCUUUCUGUCCGUGAAAGUAAACUUGAAACUGCAUGUUUCGACUGAAAUGACAUUGUCAUUUUCCCUGCCACGAGUUUUAGCUUCCAUGUGUUAUAUGAACCAUAUUUGUG